AGAUCAUAUCAAAAAAUCAAACCCUCAAAAUUUUUCUCAAUAAUGUUCCUUUCUUCUUCUUCUUCUUCUUCUUCUUCAAUUGGUAAAUGGAAAUUUGACGUGUUCUUGAGCUUUCGAGGCGAAGAUACACGUGGCGGUUUCACGGAUCAUCUCUACAAAGCCUUAACACAAAAGGGAAUUUCGACAUUUAGAGAUGAAAAUGAGAUCCAAGAAGGUGAAGACAUUUCUUCAAAUCUGUUGGAUUCCAUUGAAGCCUCGAGAUUUGCUAUCGUUGUGGUUUCGGAAAAUUAUGCAUCUUCAAGAUGGUGCCUGGAGGAAUUGGUUAAGAUCUUUGAAUGUGAAGAGAAGCUUGGAAUGGAUGUUUUACCAAUUUUUUAUAAAGUGGAUCCUUCUCAUGUGAGAAACCAAAGAGGAAGGUUUGAAGAAGCUUUUGUUAAACAUGAAAUGAGAUUUGGAAGAGAUGAUAUUAAGGUUCAAAAAUGGAGGAGGCUUCUCACCAAGCUUGCUAACCUCAAAGCUUGGCUUUCUCAAUCUUGGUCACAUGAAUCAAAUAUCAUUGAAGAAAUCACGACAACAAUAUGGAAAAGAUUGAAACAUAAUUUGACAGUCAUUAAGGAAGACCAACUAGUUGGAAUCAAUUCUAAACUAAACAAACUUUCUUCACUUUUGAUCCCAAACUCUGAUGAGGAUGAGGAUGAUGAUGUGAUCUUUGUGGGAAUACAUGGAAUGGGUGGCAUUGGUAAGACUACAAUAGCUAAGGUUUGUUAUCAGCGAAUUCGUGAUGAAUUUGAAGCUCAUUGCUUCCUCUCUGACGUUCGAGAGAAUUAUUUCAGAACCUCUGGCGACCUUCCAUAUUUACAAACCAAACUCCUUUCAAGGAUGUUUUCAUUUAAAAACAACCACAUAUUGGAUGUUGAAGAAGGUAUCGCUAUGAUCAAUAAAGCCAUUUUUCGAAAAAAGACACUUCUCGUCCUUGAUGAUGUGGAUUGUUCGGAUCAAAUCAUGGGAUUGAUUCCAAACAAAAGCUCUUUUGGCAAUGGAAGUAGAAUCAUCAUCACAACACGAAAUGCGGAUUUACUUUCGAACGAAUUCGGGGUGAAAAGAAUUUUUGAAAUGGAUGAACUUAAAUAUGAGGAAGCUCUUCAACUCCUUAGUUUGAGUGCUUUUAUGAAAACGUGUCCAAAAGAAGGUUACUUAGAACACUCUAAGAAGAUUGUAAAGGUUGUGGGAGGCCACCCUCUUGCACUCAAAUUGUUAGGGUCGUCUCUAAGAAACAAAAAUUUGAGUGUGUGGAAUGAGGUGAUAGAAGAGGUUGAAGGAGGUGGGAAUAUUCAUGAAAAAAUUUUCAAGUGUCUUAAAGUGAGUUAUGAUGGGUUGGAUGAAUGGGAGAAAGAGAUAUUUCUUGAUGUUGCUUGCUUCUUCAAUGGGAAGAGAAGAGAAGUUGUAGAAGAGAUAUUAAAUGGAUGUGGUUUCUAUGCCAAAACAAGGAUCGAACUUCUUAUUCAAAAAUCUCUCUUAACUCUUUCUUACGACAACAAAUUGCAUAUGCAUGAUCUAUUGCAAGAAAUGGGUCGAAAGAUUGUUCGCGAUAAGCAUGUUCGAGAUCGAUUAAUGUGCCACAAGGAUAUAAAAAGCGUGGUGACAGAGACAUUGGUCCAAAGCAUAUUUUUCAAAUCAAGUUCAAAGAACAUGGUUGAAUUUCCAAUUUUAUUUUCAAGAAUGCACCAACUUAGGCUGCUUAAUUUUCACAAUGUGAGACUGAAAAACAAGUUGGAAUAUUGCAUUCCAAGUGAGUUAAGGUAUUUGAAGUGGAAAGAAUAUCCAUUGGAGUUUCUGCCAAUCAAUAGCUCUGAAGAAUGUAAGCUUAUUGAGCUUCACAUGUGCCAUAGCAAUCUCAAACAAUUUUGGCAACAAGAAAAGAAUUUGGUGGGGCUGAAGUAUAUCAAACUCAAUAGUUCUCAGAAGUUGUCCAAAACACCAAACUUUGCAAACAUUCCAAAUCUCAAAAGAUUAGAGCUUGAAGAUUGCACAAGUUUAGUCAACAUUCAUCCAUCAAUUUUCACUGCAGAAAAACUCAUUUUCUUGAAUUUGAAAGAUUGCAUCAAUCUCACCAAUCUUCCAUCCCGCAUUAACAUCAAGGUUCUUGAAGUCUUGAUUCUCUCUGGUUGUUCAAAAGUAAAAAAAGUCCCUGAAUUUUCAGGUAACACAAAUAGAUUACUCCAACUCCAUUUGGAUGGUACCUCCAUAUCAAAUCUACCAUCAUCAAUUGCAAGCUUGAGUCAUCUAACAAUAUUGAGUUUAGCCAACUGCAAAAAGUUAAUCAACAUUUCGAACGCAAUGGAGAUGACAUCUCUCCAAAGCUUAGAUGUUUCUGGAUGUUUGAAGCUGGGAAGUAGAAAAAGAAAGGCGGACGAUGGCGAAUUGGGGGAGCUCGAUGUGAGAGAAACCACACGAAGAAGAAGAAACGAUGACUCUAACAAUAUUUUCAAAAAGAUCUUCCUUUGGUUAUGCAAAACUCCAGCUAGUGGCAUUUUUGGGAUCCCAUCAUUAGCUGGUUUGUACUCUCUUACAAAACUAAACUUGAGGGAUUGCAACCUUGAAGAAAUCCCACAAGGGAUUGAGUGUUUGGUGUCAUUGGUAGAGCUCGACUUGAGUGGCAAUAGUUUCUCUCAUCUUCCAACAAGCAUAUCAAGACUUCAUAACUUGAAAAAACUGAGGAUAAACCAAUGCAUAAAGCUUGUACAGUUCCCAAAGUUACCUCCAAGGAUCUUGUUUUUGAUGUCAAAGGAUUGCAUUUCAUUGAAAGAUUUUGUAGAUAUUUCAAAAGUUGAUAAUUUAUAUAUAAUGAAAGAAGUGAACCUUUUGAACUGCUACCAGUUGGCUAACAACAAAGGCUUCCAUAGAUUGAUCAUUUCUUGGAUGCAGAAGAUGCUUUUUCGAAAAGGAACAUUCAACAUCAUGAUUCCGGGGAGCGAGAUUCCUGAUUGGUUUACAACAAGGAAAAUGGGAUCUUCGGUAUGCAUCGAGUGGGAUCCAGAUGGCCCAAACACCAACAUGAUUCGAUUUGCGCUCUGCGUCGUUUUUGGUCUGAGUGAGAAAAUCGACGUUGUCAAUGUUCCUUCCUUUGCCAUUAUCGCAUCAGUGACUGGAAAAGACCGUAACGACUCGAAUUUGAAGAAUGGAGGUGAUCUUCUGAUUGGUGGAUUUCCUGUUGCAGGGAUGAAGAAGUUAGACCAUAUAUGGAUGUUUGUUUUGCCACGAACUGGGACUCUGGUAAGAAAGAUUAGCAACUAUAAAGAGAUUAAGUUUAGAUUCUUACUUCAAGCAGCUAAUUAUAGACAAUCAAUUACCCCAAAUGUCAAAGUGAAGGAGUGUGGAGUUGGUUUGAUAAAUUUGGAAGAAGAGAAGGAGGCCAUGAAACGGUAUGCUUCUCACAUUAUCUUGAGAAACAAGAACUUAUUGUUGGAUUAUUGAUGUAGCUUAUUAGUAUAAAAUUAUCAGUUGAUUAAUGAUGAUUCAACCUGGUAUCAAAGUAUAAGGUUCUGUAUUGAAACUUGCUUAAUUUCAAUAAUCAUGAGCGACGUAAUUAGAAA